AUGGCGUCUUUCCGUGCAGGCAGCCGGCUGUCGCAGUCGCUCACCCGCAAUCCUCGUUUCCUGCGUCGCUACUCCUCCAAAUGUCAGAGCCACGCCCUCGAAUCGAUGCUCGCCGAGCCAAGCUGGUCUGUCCGGUCCCUGAUCCCCGAUCAAGCUGCAGAGCAAUCCGAGCCAUCAAUCACUCCGAAACAGCUGCGCCAUCUUCUCCGUCUGUCAGCUCUACCCCAACCAGCCAGCCCGGAGGAAGAGCAGUCAAUGCUACGGACUCUCGAGUCACAAAUCCAUUUCGUUAAAGAAAUCCAAGGUGUUGAUACAACAGGUAUUGAGCCACUGCGCAGUAUUCGGGAUGAAAGCGCAGCUGCUGUGAAGGAGACGACAAUUGGCCUUGACCGGCUCAAAGAUGCAUUCUCAAAAGAGCAUGUUAGUGGGCGGCGACGGAGAGUUCAGCGCGUGCCCAGUGCGAAGAACGAUCGCCCCGACGGGACCACCUGGGAUGGGAAUGCCCUGGGCUCCGCAAUCAAGACGAAGGGGCCAUACUUCGUGGUUGAGACGAGCAGCCGUCAAACCUCCUGA